CUGUACCGAACUGUCAUCUCUAGGAACGAGGCGAAAAUUAAUCUGUUUUCGGUGGCAAAAUUUACGUGUCUUCGACCAUUUUGUAAAUAUUAGACCAUAAUACACACUUGAAUUGAGUGCUAGAGAGAUCCGAGGUGUUUAUUGAUACGAGAAGGCUGCGAUUUGGGUGCCUUUAGAGUGGGAAACAUCAGUUUAAAGUCCACAAAAAUUUCGCUGUGCAGCGGCCAUUUUGGGCGAAGUAAAACGUCAGCAGCAGCAGCCCGUGUAUCGUAAAUAUCUUAAACAGAGCAGUUAACUGUCGCCGGGAGCUUUUGCGCCAUCCAAACCAAGCUUUACUAGUAAACGCCACUAAACGUAAACAAAACAAUGGCUGACGAAGAUAUCACACUGAAUGAGGAUCAGCUUCUGGAGUCGCUGGAGGAGACGAACGGGGAUCAGGAGGCCGAACUUACCGCAGAAACCGAGGACGACGGCAACAUGCAGAUCGACCCCGAACUGGAGGCCAUCAAGGCGCGCGUAAAGGAGAUGGAGGAGGAGGCCGAGAAGAUCAAGCAGAUGCAGUCUGAGGUGGACAAACAGAUGGCCGGUGGCUCCACCACUGGCCUGGCCACCGUGCCGCUGUCGCUCGAGGAGAAGCAGGAGAUAGACACACGUUCUGUCUACGUGGGCAACGUGGACUAUGGCGCCUCCGCCGAGGAGUUGGAGGCCCACUUCCACGGCUGUGGCACCAUCAACCGCGUCACCAUCCUCUGCAAUAAGGCUGACGGCCAUCCCAAGGGCUUUGCGUACAUCGAGUUCGGAUCGAAGGAGUUCGUCGAGACAGCCUUGGCCAUGAAUGAGACCCUUUUCCGGGGUCGGCAAAUCAAGGUAAUGUCGAAGCGCACCAACCGCCCUGGCCUUUCCACCACAAACCGCUUCGCCCGCGGCAGCUUCCGGGGCCGAGGUGCCCGCGUUUCCCGAGGGUCGUGCUGUCACUCCACCUUCCGGGGCGCCCGACGCGCAAUGGGUUACCGCGGUCGCGCCAAUUACUAUGCUCCCUACUGAUUAUUGUUUUAUUAAAACCGUAGUAAGAUUUUUUUACAAUAUUAUUUCAAAAAACAUUAUUUCAUUGCCAAACUUCUUUGCUAAAUAAAUAAAACAAAAAACAGAAAAUAAGAAAAAAAGAAAAAAGCGAAAACAAAAGUCACAAGAGAAAGCGCCAGAAAAAAUAUUUCGUUUCAAUAUAAAAAAAAUGCAUCUGCAGCAAGUAAAAAGGCGAAAAAGAGAAAGAAACCUCGAAAAAAAUAUUAAAAAAUCAACAUGGAAAACGUAUAUAUCUUGACUUGGCUAUAAUGUUUUUUGAAGCACCCAAUACACCAAACACCCCUCUUUUCACACAUUUUAUUUUUCAAAUAUAAAAUAAAAAGAAAAAUAUACAUAAAAAAGAAACGAAAAAGAAAAGAAGAAACAAAAUCCAUAAUAAAAGAAGUUAAAAGAUGGCAACUUCAGUAAAAGAAGGAUGAAAAUAAUAAUAAAAAAAUAAUAUAUAUACAAAAGAAGACAGAAAGAACGCUGGAAAAAGAAGAAAUUCAACAAAACAUAUAUAUAUAAAAAAAAAAGAAAAGAAAAGCAAGUGCAGAAUUUAUAUAUUAAAAAAAUAUAUAGAGUAAACAAAAGAGAAGUUGCAUUUUACUGAAAUGAAAAGAUGACAAAUAUAUCCGAAUUAAACAAG